AUGGCCGAAUUUGAUAUUGCCCACGAAAACCAAUCUACGGCACGACAUUUAGACAACCUGGAAGGUUCCGAGUCCGAGUUCAAAUACGCCAACCUUGCUGUGGAUUCUUACCCUAACACAUGCAGCUACACAAAGCAAGCAGUCUUUCAAUACGGACACCCUUGGUGGAGACAGUGGUUCCCUUACAAUGUCACAUUCACAUACAUCGAGUUUCACGUGCACGCGGAUUACGCAGCAAACAUGUCGCUAUUCCGCGUUAGUGUUGCCAACGUAAGUGACUACAAUAACAAAGACGAAUGGCCAAGAAAUACUCUUUGUUACGAGACUCAAUCGGCUGACCCCCCUAUUGCAUCAACCAGCGCUAACCGAUCCGUCCUUGGUGUGUUCUGCAAGCAGCCCGUGGUGGGAAACACCAUCCGUAUUGAACUGCAGAGAAAGCAUACCCAGCUUUUUACCCACAUAGCGAUGCACAAUAUGAGGACUACCAUUCAGGCCACUGCCAAGCUAAAGCUUUGUCGAUCUGGUUCGGUGUUUCUGAGCACAGGCAGAAACUUGGCAUACAACAAAAUUGUGAAUUCUUCGACCGCAAAUAAAGGCGCCGCUGCUAAUGUGAAUGACGGAGAAGAAACGCAUAUCAACCAAAGUUACUGUUUCGCCAGCAACGUACGCAAUGGAUCUUGGUUGAGCAUUGACUUCAAAACCAAAGUUCAAAUAUAUCAGAUACAGAUUCAGCCGUUUAAAGCAAACAAAGCAGAGAACCUUCAAGGAUAUUGCAUCACUGUAAAUGAUGACGAUAAUACGUGGAGGACGAUCUAUACUGAUACGUCGACUGGUGGAGAGUCGACAAAAGAAGUGUUGAACAUGACCUUUGUCACAACCUCAUUGAAAAUCAGCAAACCUUUCAAAAUAGUUUUGUGUGAAGUGAAGGUAUUUGGAGACUGUCCAGAGAACCGCUGUGGAUACGACUGCUCCAAAGAGUGCUACUGUCGACCACCAUAUACACUUGAGGAUAAAAUAGCCGCCAACUGUCCUCAUGGCUGCCUCAACAACAGUCGAUGGGCAAAGGGAUGCGACAAGGUGUGCAACGAUACCCAUUGGGGCGAAGGUUGCAGUGAAAAGUGUGGUCAUUGUGCGGAAGGCGAACAUUGUAAUUCAAGUACUGGACAUUGCCCUGGGGUGUGUGAACCUGGCUAUACGAACUCGCCAUUAUGUGAUACACGUUACCAACCCCCGACCUGCACUGAAGAUAUCGACGAAUGUUUGCUGCGGAAGGACGUGUGCGUGAAUGGCCACUGCAACAAUUUCCCGGGCGGGUACCGCUGCACGUGUAACACGGGUUUUGCGCGCUCCACCGACGAGAAGUCAUGCAUAGAUAUAAAUGAGUGCGCGGACGUUGGCAACUGUCUCUACGGCACGUGUAUCAACGAGGUGGGCGGAUAUCGCUGUCAGUGCCCGCCCAACUAUCAGCUCAACGCGGCGGGAACUGGCUGCGUCGACAUCGACGAGUGCGUGGAAUACCCCGGCCACUGUGGACUUGGUACCUGUGUCAAUAUGCCCGGAAACUUCUCUUGUCUCUGUCCAGAUAGUUACAUGCCUAUUGCGGGCGAAGGGUGCAUAGAUAUGCGGGAGGACGCCUGCUACGCCGUGUUCACGAACGCCUCCUCCUUGAGGCGGCUCCCGCGAUGCGACCACAAGUUGUCUUCUCAGGUCACCAAGCGGCAGUGCUGCUGCGUGGGGAUGCUGGGUCAGGGCUGGGGCAACCAGUGUGAACCCUGCCCCGUUAAGAACUCUAGAGCAUAUCUGGACCUUUGCAAGCCACUUCCUAUCAAAGAGGUCAAGCACAAGUGCUCGAUAUACCAGUUCCUGUGCGAGAACGGCCGAUGUAUCGACACGAACACAGAGGAGGGCUUCCUGUGCGAGUGCGGGGUCGGCUACGCGUACAACGCCAUCAGCAAGCGGUGCAACGACACCAACGAGUGUCGCACGAUUGAGAACCUUUGUGCUAACGGCCGCUGUAUCAACGAAGAGGGCAGCUUCCGGUGCGUGUGUCCUUCAGGAUACGUGCUCACCAUGGAUGGCAGACGCUGUAUAGAAUGCCACCCUUCACAAUUCGGACAUAACUGUUCCCAAACUUGCAGCAGAAAUUGCAACAGCACAUGUCACCACGGGACAGGACACUGUUCUUGUCAACCAGGUUACAGACCGCCGGAUUGCAGUGAAGUGUGUCAAGCACCACAUUUUGGAUUAAACUGUUCCCAAACUUGCAGCAGAAAUUGCAACAGCACAUGCCAUCACGUGACAGGGCACUGUUCUUGUCAACCUGGUUACCAACUGCCAGAUUGCAAUGAAGCGUGCUCAAAAGGAAGCUGGGGCGAAGGAUGCAAUCACCAAUGCGGUCGUUGCCAGGAAAGCCAACAAUGUGAUACGCGGACUGGCGAGUGUCCCGGGGCGUGUGAGCCCGGCUAUCAUGAACGUCUCUGUGAUAAACUUACAGAAUCGAGCCAGUUUCCAGUGGAGCUAGUAUCUGGAGUUUCGACUGGGAUGCUAAUUCUUCUGGUAGCGCUGAUUGUGAUUGUGGUCUUAUUGAUGAGAAUAAGAAAAGGCAAACGGACACAAAAACAGAACGAAGCUUCGAAUGUGCUAUCAACUGUUCGCGAGCCAAUGAGUAGCGUCCAUGACGAACCGCAACAACUGGCCGCCGCAAAGCCAAAUACUGUUUCAGCGCAAAAGUGUUCGCCACCAACAUCAGCAGAGUCGGUAACUACAAUGUUCAUUCAAGAACCGGUAUAUUCGAACAUGCAGAACUUACCGCCCGUAGAGUCAUCGGGAACCAUCAUCGCACUGUCCCAACUGCAGGGAUAUGUAAUGUCGAAAAGCGUGGAUGAGCCAUUAUUUGACUUAGAAUUUAAGAAAAUCCCCUACGGGUUGCAACACCCAGCUACUGCUGCAACGGCGCCAGUGAAUGCGGGGAAAAACCGAUACAAAGAUAUGCUUGCCUAUGACCACUCUCGCGUAGUGCUUAACAUUGUUGAUGGCAAAGAAGGCAGUGAUUACAUCAAUGCUUGCUUCAUCGAGGGUUUCUUCAAGAAGCGAGCUUAUAUUGCAUCACAAGGCCCAACGGAGGCUAUGAUGGAUGACUUCUGGCGAAUGAUUUGGCAAUAUGACGUAUCUACCGUAGUCAUGGUAACUAACCUCGUAGAAAUGGGAAAAAUGAAAUGUUUGCGGUACUGGCCUCUUGAAGUUGGUUCCCUGGAAGAUUUCCAAGCACUCACAACAACUUUGAUAUUUAUGGAAGAGUUCACAGACUAUACAGUUCGGAAGAUUAAAUUGUCACACAAGGACAAGCCAAGUGUAUCGCGUGUGGUAACACACUUUCAUUACACGGCAUGGCCCGACAAAGAUGUGCCCGCUAGCACUUCGAGCCUCUUGCACUUCUGGCGUAGGAUCAGGGCCCACGAUACCGACAAGAAGCAACCUCGGGUCGUUCAUUGCAGCGCCGGUGUUGGUCGGACGGGCACAUUCAUCGCCAUGGACAUACUGAUAGACGAGGGUCAGGCCAGACAGACUGUCGAUAUCUACGCCUGUGUGACCAAGUUGAGACAGCAGCGAGUUAACAUGGUUCAAACAGCGAGCCAAUAUAAAUACUUACACAGACUGAUGGUGGAAUACCUGUCCCUUCGCAGUCACUUCGUGUCCAACAAUGAGCUUGCCAAUUACCAAAACACCCUUCUCCAAGUCGACCAAAAGCUGAACAAAACCGGACUGUUUUUACAAUAUGAGACAGAAGCAUCCUACCACACACUGGAGCUUGCUGAAGCAAACCUCAAAGGUGACGAGGAAGAUCCUUACUCCGUUGCUACCAUGCCUGAAAACGCGAAGAAAAACAGAUUCGAUGCUAUACUACCGAAUAAUCGAUAUCGAGCGAUGUUGACUGUUCCUGUGGACAGAAGAAAUGACUACAUCAACGCUGUAUAUAUGCCGAGCUACAAGGUGGACAACAAGUACAUCCUCACUCAGAAGCCCCUGUCUGACACUGUGGUGGACUGCUGGAGACUCAUAGAGAGCAGGGACAUCAGUCUGGUGGUGACAUUCCCCGAUGAGGGAAAUGAACAGGACGGUCGAAUGUUUCCUACUACGGGGUCACUCACUGUGGGCCCUUUUAACAUCAUGUUCAUCACGGAACAUCACGAAGAGGACUAUUUCGUUUCGAGAGUCUUCAAAGUUCAAUACAUGAAAAAGGAGAGGACGGUAACGCAGCUGCUGUACCAGAAGUGGCCCAGGCGCCAGAUGGCACCGCCAAAUGUCGGUGAAUUUCUGAUAUUAAUGGACGCUGUGGAGAAGAGGACAAAAUCUUCAACAGCGUUGAUACAGUGCUUCGAUGGUGCUACAAGAAGCGGCCUGCUGCUGGUAUUGUUGUACGCCACGGAAUGCAUGUCCAAGGAUGGGGAAGUGUCGCUGCCUAUGGUCAUCAGGCAUCUUAGAACGAGGCGUCCGCAGCUCAUACCGAACUUUGAACAGUAUCGUUUUAGCUACAGCUUGCUGACACAGUAUGUAGAAUCCAAUGUGACGUACGCCAACACAUAGCGUCAAGAAAGUAUCGAUACUUAUGGCAUCUGGAAGUCGCGGUGUUUAACUUGAUGCACAUAUUAGAACGUGACAUAUGGCAAUACGUGCGCUAGAUUUAGAUGUUCAUAAAUAUUGCAAGUUUGCACUUAUUACGAUAGAAAUGACUCGCAUGUAGCCACAUUAUUCAACUAGAUUGAAGAACGAUAGAUAACAUUUUCAAAAUUAAUUUUCAAAGUGUGGGCCAUUGGAUUUUUUAUGAACAAUAUUUGUUCUACAUACUAUUUAAGACUGCAAUAUAGAAUGUCGACAUUGAGGUACACAAAUGAUGGACCCUGGAUUGCAUUUGGACUAUGUUGUAUUAAUUCCAGUUUUUUACUUUUAUUGUGAAAUAACUUCUGUGCUUUGAUUUGUAUAAUAGAAAUGAAUAUCGGCAUAUUGUAUAUUUAAAGUUUAUUGCUGAGAAGAAUGACUUAUAUUUUAUUUCUUGCAUAAUAUACAACAUUUUAUUUUAAAUUAUAUCAUUGAAUAGUAUACAAUUACCAUUGACACAAACAACUGAAACUUUUGAACGUAAACAAAAGCAAACCCAUGUGUGAGACGAAGCAAUAUUUUCGCUAUACAAGCAUUCUCUAAUGAUAAAACUAUUGAAAAUUAUGUACGGACUUUAAAUCACUUGUGUAUCAAAAUAUUUAUGUCAAGUGUAUAUCAAGUUAUAAGAACAUGUACGGAUGUGUUUGACAACUUCAACAACAUUGAGGCACUUUACAAUCAGGUCUACUGGCAUUCAGAGUAAGGUUGAGUGUACAAUAUUUAUACAAAAUAUACACUCUAAAAUUAAACACGUCGUAAUAAAAGUCGUAGGUUGAGUACACCCUUUAGCAUAUUUGUUUCAUUCCAUAUUUUGACUCUUAGAUAACUGUUUAAUUAAUUCAUAUAUUUUCAUUUGAAAAUGUAAUUGUUCUGCAUUUUUAUUGAAAUACGAAAUUCUUCGAGUAGGCAUUAAAUAAUACAAAUACAAUAUGUCUCAUUAAAAUACUAAAAUGGGGCAGCACUGUGUAAUUUUAUUUGUGCACUAUGUUCAUAUUGUUUAAUUUUCUAAUAUUUAAAUUUUUAUUUUCAGUUUUAUAAGCUCAUUUGUUUUAUUUAAUAAUAAUUUAUUGGACUCAUUUUGUUUCGCUGCCAAUGUAAAUGAUUGCAAGUGUUCAUGGACACUUUCUAGCAUACAGCAUUCAAGACAGGUUUAUUCAUCUGCGUUUUAGAGUUUUAGCCUAUCAAAAAUUUUGACUUUUGUGAUUGCAUUUUCGUCUAUCUUGCGUGGUGCAAAGACAUGUUCAUUCAAACGACAACUUCUUCUUAACGUCAUGUUUACUUAUCGUGGUGGUCUUCUAGCUUUAUCAAUGUAUAUUACUCGGGUUUAACUGGUUAACAUGUCCCGUAGUUAACAUAGCUUGUGUUGAUUUAAACAAUAAAACAAAAGACUUAUAUAUUUCAUUUUUGGAUUUAAACACGUUAUAUCUUCAAAGAUUGAUCGUAUCAUGCCCCUCGGUCAAAUUGGCCACUUUCCGAUGGUCUCGUGGUAUGAAGCAUCAUAGUGUCAUUUUUAACUAGUUGCCGACGAAUUGUUCCCCUGGAAACAUCAAUAUCAACCCGGGGACACACGUGAUUUAUAUAAACCUGAUUAUAAGACUUAUGUUAGCUAUCGAGAAACAUUUGCUUGUUGCUAUUGUUUUUGUGUUCAUCCAUUGCGCUUUAGGAAUUUUGGUGCACAAUAUUCAACUUGAUUUUGUAUAAAUGGAAAAGAUUUUUUAUGAAUGA